ACCUUCCCUGUUAAAAUAAAAUUAAAAGCCAACAGAAAACAAACAUUAAAAUUAGCAAUGUUAAUAGGAAUUUCAAUGACUUAAGUCUUUUCACUUGCGACUUUCAAUCAGUAACCACAGAAAUGCUGAAGCUUACGGUUUUAAGUCUUAUAUUCCUAGCCCUGGCAAAUAGUGGAUGGGCUCGCGAAAAGUUCACGAUUCAAAUAGCAGAGGGCAAUACCGUUGAUGCCGAACUCAAGGCAGAACCCUUUGUGAAAAUAAACGGUGGAUAUUAUUUCUUUGGAAGGGAGUCCUUGAACUGGUACGAGGCAUACGAGAAAUGCAGGGAAUUAGAUUCGGAAUUGGUAACAUUCGAAACAGAUGGCGAAUUUGAUGCCAUUUCCGCUCACUUGAUGGCCAACAGAUCGCGGGAGAACUACUGGACAUCGGGUAACGAUCUGGGUAAAACGGGAACUCACAAAUGGUUCACCAAUGGCCAGCGUAUAAGUACCCUCAGGUGGGCAGUACAUCAGCCCGAUAAUGCUGGCCAACGGGAGCACUGCAUCCACUUGGGCUAUAUAUAUGGCCACUCCCAGACAUUUGAACUGAACGAUCGUCCCUGCUCGCAGGAUAACAACAGUUUGUUCAAAUAUAUAUGCGAGGCCCCAAAGUUGGAAACCAUAUCUAUUGUGUUGUGGAAGUAAAGUGAAGUAGAUUCCAAGCCUUGGAAACUAUUAAUUACAAAGUUGA